AUGGCUGUGGUCUUGGCCCUGUCCCUACGGCUGAAAGCCCUGGUGGUCCCCAACGUGUGCUGGCUGUUUGCCCUGGAGCCUGACCUGCUGCCCCUCUUUCAGUACAACUGCCGCCAGUUCUCCAGCCCAGAGGACUGUCUCUCCUCACCUGAGUUCCUGGACCACAUCAGGAAGGUGAUGCUCGUGAUUGAUGCUGCGGUGACCAAUGUGGAAGACCUGUCCUCACUGGAGGAGUACCUUGCCAGCCUGGGCAGGAAGCACCGGGCAGUGGGUGUGAAGCUCAGCUCCUUCUCGACAGUGGGUGAAUCUCUGCUCUACAUGCUGGAGAAGUGUCUGGGCCCUGCCUUCACACCAGCCACACGGGCCGCCUGGAGCCAGCUCUACGGGGCUGUGGUGCAGGCCAUGAGUCGAGGCUGGGACAGCGAGUAAGAGGCGACCCUGCCCAGUGGCCCCCAUCUGUUUGUGUCUGUCUGUUGGUCUGUAUCUGUUGUAGCCCAGGCUCUCCAAGCUUCCCUGCAUCUUGGUCCUUGUCCCCUUGGCCAUACUGGAGAGGUGCUGGGGCAGGGCUGGGUCUCAGUCUCCCAGAGUCCAACUGCAGGAGUGGCUUUUCCUCCAGGAAGGGGCUUCUGGGUGUCCCCUCAUCCCCAAUAGCCUCUUUCCUGCCUUUUUUUUUUUUUUUUUUUUUUACUUUUUUGGCACUCCCUCUGGCCCUGUGAGGAAUGUUUUGGUGGCAGAGGUGGGAUGGAGCUGGAAAGGUAUGGGGGUGGGAGGGGAUGGGGCUCUUCUGUCUGUCCUGCUUCUUCAGGUGAGUGCAGGCCAAGGCAGGGGUGAGAUGGCUGAGCUUCCAGCACUUUCUAUCUUACUUGCCCAGUCCCUUCACUGCUUUCCUGCCCCAAGAUGGCUUGCUUUUCACAAAUAAAGAGAAAGGCAACUUUAGCCUUCUUGGUGGAAUCCCAGGCCUGGGAGCAGAAUCAGAACUGCCAGGGAAGGGAAGGGGUACCUGGGUCUCAAUAGGGCUCAUCUGAGUUGCGCGGGCUGUGCAGAUGCCCUGACAGGGUUGGUUUCCUUUGGCAUCAUUCCCUUUCCCUCAUUCAGUACUUCUGCCAGGAACUCCCUGACUAUUCCGCUGCUGCGGGAACCCAGCUAGCUGGCCAGGUGGGGAGGGGCUGGGGACUGGCCAGGAAGGAGGGGUGACUUCAUCCCAGAGAGACCCAAGUUCCCCCAGCCCUUCAUCACCAACGUGCUCCUGCAGCAGUGAGUCUUACCUCCCCCGGCCCUCCUUUCUGGCUUAGCCUGCAGCGACUGUGAGGCCACAGCUUCUCAGAUUCACUGCCCGCUGUGUGCCUGUACUCAGGCAGCUGGAGAGAAGGCAGCUGCGGAGGCCCUUGCCCUCACCCCAGCCGUCUGCACUUUUACCGUUUGCUCUGUGCUGUCUGUGAUCCUAUAAACUCAUGAGAAAUAAACUGGUACUGUGUGCCUCUCUGA